AUGGAGUACGUGUUCGACAUCUUCUUCGAGGAGUGCUUUAACAAGAUGGAGCGCAGCGGGCUGAUGUCGCGAGCCGGUCGGCGGGACAUCAUCAGUCACCUGAAUUCUGUUAUAUCCGGGUGCAUUCAAGGCCGGCAGACGGCUUCCACGCAGCUGGCUGUCGGACUGGCUGUUACUUCCGCGAUCGAGUACCACAACCGCAUGAAAGGCGAUAACUUUUCGGUAUGCCUGAUGGGCAAAUACCACAAUGUGCUGUACAUCGCCCUGCGUAUCGCGUGGGACUGGGGCCUGGAAGAUUCGGAAAUUGUACGCAAUCUGCUGGAGGAGAUCUUCAGAUGCGAGCGAACCUUUGAGCGGCUCUUUUUGGGUGCGUUAUUUGGCUGUAAUGCUCCCUACUUUAUAGCUGGCUGGAAGAGUGACUUCAAUGACCAAGAUGAGAAUCUGCGUGCGGUCGUGUUCUUUUUGCACCAUUCAGCAAAGGCUCGAGCCACUUUUCCGGCGUAUUCUUAUGCGUAUCAAAAGCAACGUGAUACCAAGUUUAUCGACGUGCCAAUUGAUUCGUGCGGAAAGGCAUCACCCUUGCGUGUGGCGCUUCAGGCAUCCGCGCCUGAUAUCGUGCUGAUACUGCUACGCCACGGUGCCAAUCCCUGCCCGGAUGAUGGAGGCGCAAGUCCGAUCUUGAGUCUUCUCGAUAAACUGGCGGAGAACGAGAACCGGUGCUACCCACUGCAAUUGGUGUCCUGUUUGAAGCUGUUACUGCGAACGUCUGUGAUGGUUGAGCUGCCGUAUAUACCGCAUCUAUAUGUGGUCCGGAAGGAGAUGUUCCAAUGCAAGUAUGGCCAGGUGCUUGAGGACGGAUUGAUACCUUUCGACCAGGUGUUUGGCAUACCAACGCUGAAGCACAUCUGUCGUUGUACGAUACGUACCGUGAUGCGGGAAAACUUUCAGCUGCCCGGCGGCGUUGUAAAACUACCUCUUCCACGCAAGCUACAGAAAUAUAUAGAUCUGCUAGACUGA